AUGGCCGGGAUCGGCAUCGACCAGUCCAAGCUGCCCGGAGUCAAGGAAGUGUGUCGAGACUUCGCUGUUCUGGAAGAUCAUACCUUGGCCCAUAACUUACAGGAGCAAGAGAUUGAGCAUCACUUGGCAACAAAUGUUCAGCGUAAUCGUCUGGUGCAACAUGACUUGCAGGUGGCCAAGCAACUGCAAGAAGAGGAGGAUCUAAAAGCACGUGCUCAAAUCCAGAAACACCGAAAAGACUUAGAACGACAGGACUGCGAGAUCGCUCAGGAAAUCCAAGUGAAGCUAGUAUUUGAAGCGGAGCAGCGCCGCAGGCAAGAAGAAAAAGACGAGGACAUUGCCCGUCUCCUACAACAGAAAGAACUGCAGGAAGAAGAAAAGCGCAAGAAGCACUACCCCGAAUCCCAGGGACAUGCAGUCUAUGAAGACAGCUAUUAUGCAGAAAAUGGAGGCCCUAAGUUGAGGGGGAUGAAGCAAGCCAUGUAUGAUACACCUCGAAGGGAACAGGAGUUGUCUGAUGCAGAGAUUGCUCGGAAGCUGCAGGAGGAAGAGCUCCUGGCUAACGAGGCAGAUCAGAAGGCAGCUCAAGUAGCCCAAGAUGAGGAAAUUGCCCGUCUCUUGAUGGCCGAGGAGAAAAAGGCUUUCAAGAAAGGGAAGGAGAGAGAAAAGUCUUCCUUUGAAAAGAGGAGGCAUGAUCAAGACUGGAAGCAUGAUGCAAGUGAGUCCACGCGCUCAAGGUCAAAAGAAGGGCCUGAAACUCAGCGACACAAAGGUGACAGGUCUUCAAGGUCACAGCCUCUCCUCGAUGACUUUGAACACCCUCGGUAUUACACAAGCCAGCCCAGCCCCUUGCGCCAGAUCCCCAAACCUGAGCACUCUCCUAAAGGUUCCCGUAGGAAGCAGUAAACUGUGCUAGCCUUUGCUUUGGUACUGACUCUUCUGUAGCAAACAUUACUGGAAUUGCCAGGCAACUUUUUUGAUUCCUUACCCAAUGGGAGGUGCAGCCUCCACUCCAGGAUCUCCGCUUUGUGUCAUCAUAGUAAUGAGGAACACUUGUUCAUUGCAAUUUCUUACUCAUAUGUGAUCACUUAAGCAGUGCAGUAUAAUCUAGCCGCCACUGAGCUGUGUGAAUCAACUAGCUGACUUAACAGCUCCCUCUUAUAUUCUUUUGAGGCUUUCUUUUAUCUUUAUCUUUAAGCUUUGGCUGGAGCGUUGACAAAUAGGACAAAUAGAGACACACGUACAACGGGGAGGAAAAUCCAACAUAUGAGCUGGGUUAUGGCAAUGCAGUAGAACGUCAGAGGUAAAAGUCCUUUCCAUAUUAGGAUGGUUUAGCAAAGAGAGUUAUAAGAGGAAACGUGUUUCUUCCUGUGCUGGAUAAGACAGCUGAGCCAACCUGACAGUCAUGCUAGCUUGCAGGAAGGAGAGAGGAUCUUACAACGUACACCAGCAAAAGCCAGAAGCCUGAACUGGUGAGGAAGAAAUUGCCUAUAAACAAAAUUUCUUAACUGCUGUACUUCUUUCUAGGGUUUCCAGCAAACUGUGUAGAGUGUGUAACCAGGCAUUAAGCUCCAGUAUAUAGGAUAGAACAGUUAAGAGGAAAUACUAUUUCAGCUGAAAUUAGACCUUGUGUGCAUGACUUUUAGGACAUGCCAGGGAGUUGAUGAAGCUGUGAGUUGUGGAUUGGGAAGAAUGAUACAGAUUUAAAUGCC